CUUUUCAUUUGAACUUACUUAUCAAAUUGUGUCCAAAAAUGGACACAAUUGAAUAAGAAUUGAAUUGAAUAAGAAUAUAUGGUGCAUGUGUUGGUUAAGUAGCCAAUGAGAAGAAUAUUUUCCUAUAAGUAAAUAGCAUUCCAGUCCCUUGAUAAUUUCUCAUUGUUUGUUGUUAUUAUUUUUAAAUUGAAAACCUAUAUUUACAUGGCUAUUCUUAAAACAGAUUUGCAUGUAAAGUCUGAGAUGCAAGAUAUUAUCUUUUCAAAAUAUUGCUCUAAUCAGUGGACAAUCAGACUGAAAAAGAUAAAAAUAAUUUAUAAACCACCACUCUCAGGCUGCUUGGUCCCACAAAGUAAUCAGAAAAAUAAGAAGCUUAUUUGGGUACAAGCCUGAGAAAAUACAGCAGUCAUCAUGAAUAUUACUGAGAAGCAAUAUUCACAGAGAUUCAUGCCCUGGAUACCUAUAGUGGGGUGCAAAAAAGAGUGCUUUUCAAAAAGAGUGGAAGUGGGGUUUAGCAAGGUUCAUGUUUCAGCAGCCAUCCCCACCCAUCUGUGCUGCUUUGCCCCCAGCUCCUUGGCAUGGCUCCCCUCAUGUCUAGCAGGGAAAGGAGCUCCCAACACAACAAAAGCCUAAUUCUAAUUUCUCCCUGUGUGCAUUGGUACAGAGAAGGCAUUUCAGAGCUGUUAAUUAAGUUCUCAUUUUUACAGACAUUCACACAAUGGAACUUCUAAUUGCCAAGGACAAUUUGAGAGCUUUAAUUAGUGGUCAAAGGAUGACAAGAGCCACGGCACAGGGCUCGUAUUAUUUCACAAUGAGAAUGAAAUAUUUCUCAUGUCUUGAAAAUUACUUCGGCUGACGUUUGGGAAAGUUAAAAAAAAAAUCCUGGGGCUUUCUUCCAAAAUGUAACAUCACACAUAUGGUGUAUGGCCAGCAAAACACUCAGGACAGCCCUCAGUCACUCAGUUGUGCCUCAGGAUGCAUCUUUGAAUUCUCUCAGUAAUCUCUGUACUGCUGUUUAUCAACUGUUUCCGAAUUUGAAACUUUGCCUGGAUUGCCAGGAAGGACAAAGAGUAGUUAUUUUCUCUCAUUUCGAAGACGUCUCCUGAUCACUUCGGAGUUUUUUAAAAAUGACUGAAACUCCUCUACUGGAUAUUUCCUCCUCAAACCAGAGUGAAAAUCAGAGCAAUUCAACUGUUUGCCCAGAACUGGAUGACUGGUGGGACAUCGUGUACUAUAUAGGACCCAAGUACAUCAACACUGUCUGUGUUAUUGGUAUGCUUGGAAAUGUGUUUGUUCUCUUCACUUAUUCACUGCACAAGGGCCCCCUGAAGAUAGCUGAAAUCUACCUUAUGAACCUUGCUGUUGCUGACCUUAUCUUCCUCAUGUGCCUCCCUUUCUGGGCAGAGAACAUCAAUAAUGAGUUCAACUGGCCCUUUGGCAGUUUCCUGUGCCGCAGCAUCAGCGCCUCCAUCACCUUGAACAUGUACACCAGCAUCUACUUGCUCGUGGCCGUCAGCGUGGAUCGCUAUUUGACUUUUGUCCAUACCUUGAACCACAGAGAGAUAUGGAGCAAAUCUAUGACCAAAGGGAUCUGCUUGCUCAUCUGGUUCUUUUGCAUCCUUCUCAGCAUCCCAGCUUUCAUGUUCCGGACUGUGAAAGACUUUCCCCAGUGGAAUAUUUCAGCCUGCACUUUGGACUUCCCCAGCCCAUCGUGGGAAAUAGCUGAAAACCUGGUAGGCAAUGUGGUGGGGUUUCUGCUGCCAUCCACAGCAAUCAUCUUCCUCAACUUCUCCACCAUUAGGUCCCUACAAAAAACAGCAAAAGAACGAAGAGCACUCAGAGCAAAGGGUUGCAAGAGGCACAAAGGCACAAAGGCAACCAGGCUGAUCUUCACUGUGGUACUGAUGUUUCUUUUCUGCUGGACUCCUCACCAUUUUUUUGUAUUCCUUGAUGUAUUACACAAUACAGAAGUGAUCAAAGGCUGCUUCUGGGAGGAACUGAUCAACUUUGGGGAGCAGUUUUCUUAUAUGCUGGCUAUCACCAACAGCUGCAUUAACCCCGUGAUUUAUGUCUUUGUUGGGAAAUACUUCAGGCAAAAGGCUUUGGAAGUUUUUUCACAGUUUAUUCCCUGUGGAUUUCCUUUGAGAUGGGUGUCUUUCAAAGAAAUGUCUUCAAAUUUCAACAUGCUUCCUGUCAAGAGUAGUUUAACAUAAUGGUUCUCAGUUCCUCUUCAUUUUGAUAUUAUAACUUAUUUUAUGCCAUUGCAAAUGGCAUUAAAAAUUAAUAUGAAACACUCUGAUCUGGCCUUCACAGACCAAGCUAAUUAUCUAUUAAAGUAAAUCACUUGAUUGAUUGCUUAUUUUUUCCUCAGGCUUGCUUUUCUUGUUCUGUUUUAUCCAUCCAAAUGCAUAACAUGUGAUGCUAGAAUUUUUUUACCAAAUGAUCUAACCUGUCUUACCUAUUAACAGUGGCUUAAAAGAAAAACUUUUUGACAAAAUACCAGAAAUCUUUGCAGAAAGCCAUAAGCCAGCUGAACAUUUUGCUGCUUUGUAUCUGUGAUGACAGCUACUAUACCACCUAUAACACUAUUCCUAAAAUUACACAGGUAUUACAGAGCAAAUAAGAGCUUAAUCUUCAGCUGAUAAAUGCAUUUAAGCAGGUAUGGGAUAACUUUGGUUAUUUUGAACAAUAUUUUCACUGAUUUGCAUUUUCACAGUAAGAUACAGAGAAAAUUUUUUGUGCACUUUAAUUAUGUGCAGCACAUAACUAUUGUACAAGAGGAUGUAACACAAAGAAAGUGUACAUAAAUUGUUAAAAAAAAGCAAGGUAACGCAGUAGCCUCCUCCAAACCUGACUUUUGCUGACCCAGUAAAGUAUUACAAAAUUGCUCAUAAAGUACUGUAAAGAACCUUUUUAUUUUUUAUAUGUGAAUAUAUCUAUGAAGACCAUUGAUACGGUAUUAUUUUGAGGCAAAUCCUUAGAUACAUAUUUAUGGUUUUAUGAAUCAAAAUUAAUAAACUAAAUAACAUCUUAUUUUGCUUCAUAGUCUUGUUCUUUCUUACAUUUAUUUUUACGUUUUGUCUCUUUCCCCCUAUUCCUUUGGGGAAGAGCAAAUAUAUAGUUCUGUGAUUAAAAAUCCUUGUUGCUACCAGAACACAAACUCUCAUAGUUUAGAAAGACCCUUCUUUUCCAUCACAGCCACAGUGGCAGAGUAGAUGUGAAGCAGCUGAGAUCGAGUUAUGUGUAUGUACAGACAUGGAAGAAGAUAUAGUGCAGCCUGUUCAGCCAGAGGAUAUUGGUGCAGAAGGGAGCAUCCAGACACACCAUUUUUAUAACAAUUCAUUUAACUCCUCGCUGUAAAGCCUGUUCAGUUCAGCCUUUACAGCUAGUCACUGUAACAGCACUGCACUUUCUGUAGUUCUUUUUAGUAUUUACAUUUUGAAUAUGCAAUUAACCUCUUAUUUGAUUAUAGAAAUCCAUCUAUUCAACUUCAUUGCAAUAAGACUAGUGUUAAUUUUUAAUGGUUAUUUCAAACUUUUUGAAUCUGAACAGUGGAAGCCUUUUGAAGACUUAAAAGUCUGUCUUCCUGCAAUGAUGUUUUAAGAAUUAAGGGUGGAUUAAGGGAUCAGGAAGGAAGAAUCUGUCAUAGGUUUACAACUUCCACUGCUUCUGUGACAGAUGUUUUUAAAAUAAAUAUCAGGCUUAAACACCAGUAAUAACAACAGCAUGUGAAGUCCCCUGACUCAUCUGAAAUCAAAUUCCUAAUUCCCAUCUAUUGUAAACUGUUGAGCACUGCAUCUAUUUGGUACAUCCCCAGCUGAAUUUUUAAUUCAAAAAACUUCCAAGCAGAGAUAUUUUAUGGGGAAAGGGAAGGGAAGGCUGAAGUCAUGAACAAGGUGCAGAAAAAGAAGUUCCAUUUUCUCACUACAGAUGAGGACCUUUAAAGGGAAAAAUAUCUUGUCUCGUCUAACACUUGUCCAUGUUAUUCAAUGUACAAAUAAAGGGAAAAAACACUUCUUGAGUGUGGUGGCAUAUUUGGGCUAUGACAUAACAGAUUGAAAAUGAGUAUGAAAUUUGAAUUUAAUGGAAAACCUCCUGUUUCCAUCCAUGAGCAAGUGACAAGGGCUUUCAUGAAAGCACUGCUUCUUUUACAUAUGCUCAACUGUCAGGAAAAACAUCUGUAGUUUAAACACUGCUUUAAACACUUAACAGAGCCUUGCAAAUCAAUGGAUAUACUCUCCAGCAUGAAUGUCUGUAAAUGUAUGCAUUUCUGACUGCAUGUUAGGCUCUGGUGCUCAUUAGUGGCCACUUAUUGCUGAGGCGCUGCGCUGCACUCCCCUCACUGAGCUGCGCACAGCAAGGCUCUGGUGGCAGCCACGGAGAUGCUCCUGGGCUGGCAGCUGGCCAGGGUAUUGCUGCUGUUUCUGUGCUGCUGUGCUGGACAGGCUGGAACCAGUGUGACCUUGAGUUGAAGGGAUGUGGAUGAGCCUGUGACAGAGCAGAUUCCUCUGCAGCCCUCAGAGGACCCGGGGCUGGAGCAGGUGGAUGCCUGAAGGAGAAUGUGUUGUGGCCGUGUGAGAAGCCUCUGCUGGAUUAGGUUUUAUGGCAGGACCUGUGGCCUCAUGGGGGACCCACACUGGAGCAGUUACUUAAAAACUGCAGCCCUUGAGCAGGACCCACAGUGGAGGAGUUCAAAGAGGACUGUCUCAUGUGGGUGGGAACCUCUGCUGGAGCAGGAAAAGCAGAGAUUCUCUUCCAUCCCAUGAUGAAGAGCAUGGGGAAGCAGCUGUGCCCUGCAGCCCAUGGAGGGGGAGGAGGAUGAUGUAGACUUGUCACUGUUGAGCAAGAAAUGACACAGAAUCACCAGAAGGCUAAUUGGCAUAACACUCCGUUUAUUUUGGAAUGCUCCUUUUUAUAAGUUGUUCCAAUCCAGGUGGACUUGAUUGGUCAUUUAGGUAAUACAUUUCGCCUGAUUGGCUAAUUAACAAGACCUUCUUUUAAACAAUCUUCAAGAAAAAUAAGAAAACAGAGAGUAGGAAAACAACACCUGCAGGUUGUUUAUAAUAAUAAGCUAUCAUUGUUUAUCUUCAACUCCCUACAGUCUCUCAGGCUGAUUCUGGGGAAACUUACCUAGUUUUCUUGCUCUCUGACCAGGCUGUCGCAUCCACAUAGAUUGUACUUUCAUAGAUUGUAUGAAUGAUGGACUUCAGGGGGAGCCCCUUGUUGCAGCCUGGCUGGGGACAAGAGGAGGAGUUCAUUGCAAUGUUAAACCAGAUAACCUGGUCCCAAAGGGGCCAAGGGUGGAGAUUGUAAUGGAUGUGGCUUGAUAUUGCUGCAAGCCGUGAUUUGAGUUGCAUGUUGCAGGAAUCAGUACAGCAGAAACCCAUAUCAAUGGAGGAGAGGCCUUACAAGAAGAAGUUCAAGUGUAUCAGUGACCAGACCUGAGCUGGCUUUGGUGCCCAAUAACUCCAAGAAACACAAAACCACUCCUGUACUGAGCGACCGCCAGAACAGAUGGAGCCUGAAGCCAUGGACUAAAUGAACUCAAAGGAUGUUUUGUAAACAUUUGUGGACAUUUUAUGAGUAUUUUCUAGGGGUGGUCCAUUGGCUAAAGAAAUUACUUCUGUGUAUUAUGUCAAAGGAUGAGAAGAAGGGUGGUGGUGGUUAAUGAAGUUGUAUCAAAUAGUGUGGGACCUGGGCAUGAUGAAAAUGGUGUGGAAUAAGUGAUGGAAUGUGCUGGUUUGGGCUAGGGUAGAAUUAAUUUUUUUUCACAGUGGCUAGUAUGGAGCUGUGUUUUGGAUUUGUGCUGAACACUGUGUUAAUAAUACAGAGAUGUUUUUGUUAUUGCUGAGCAGGGUUUACACAGAGACAUGGCCUUUUCUGCAUUCCACACUGGAGAGAAGACUGGAAAUUGGAUGGAGACACAGCCAGGAAAGGUGACCCAAACUGAUCAAAGGGAUAUUCCAGACCACAAGACAUCAAGCUCAGUAUAUAAAAUGAAAGGAAGAAGGAAGCAAAAAGAGGAAGAAGAAGGGGACAUCUGGAGUGAUGUUAUUUGUCUUUCUAAGUAUCUGUUAUGUGUGAGGGGGCCCCGGUCUCCUGGAGGUGACCUGCCCAUAGGAAACAAUUAAUUUAUUGCUUAUUUUGCUUUGUUAAUGUGUAUAGCUUUUG